UCUUAGCUCUGCCUAAGCGGUCAGAGAAUCAGAGAACGGGAAUACGUUCAACUUGCUGUUUCUUUUCCAAGGAAUUGCCAAUUUGGGACCAUCUUCCACCCUGGGCACACUGAGAGCCGCGCUUGAAGAAUUAAUUUGUUUUCUUGGAUUGUAUGCAGCAAGACCCAAAUCAAGAACACAGGGUUUUUGGGAGAUUUUGGUUAGGAUUGGACCUCUUCACACCAUGGCCAUUCACAGCCUCUGCAUGGUGACCCAUCUCCUGGCACUCAGUCUCUGGGUGCUGGUGUCCAGCUGUCUUCCAUUGUCGGCCCCAAGAGUACAGCUGACCUUCAAAGAGCUGAAGACCACUGGCACAUCCCACCACUUCUCGUUCCUGUUGAACACGACAGACUACCGGAUCCUGCGGAUGGAUGAAGAUCAUGAUCGGAUGUACGUUGGAAGCAAAGAUUACAUCCUGUCUUUGGACCUUCAUGAUAUCAACAAGGAGCCACUUAUAAUACACUGGCCAGUUUCUGAGCAAAGAAGGGACGAGUGUGUUUUAUCUGGGAAAGACACAAAUGGGGAGUGUGGGAACUUUAUCCGCCUGAUUGAGCCAUGGAACCGAACCCACUUAUACGUCUGUGGAACUGGGGCCUACAAUCCCAUAUGCACCUACAUCAACCGAGGACGUAAGCCUCUGGCUCCCCUGCACCUACAGAUGCCCCAGCCAGGAGGGAGGGCCAGCAGAGCCGCAGACAUCACCUCACCCUCAAUACCGAACGAUCACAAGGAAUACAUCUUCCACCUGGAGCCUGGCAAAGUGGAUUCUGGGAAAGGCAAAUGCUCGUACGACCCCAAACUCAACAGCGUCUCAGCCUUGAUAAAUGGCGAGCUCUAUGCGGGUGUUUAUAUCGACUUCAUGGGAACUGAUGCUGCCAUUUUCCGCACAAUGGGGUCGCAGACGGCCAUGCGGACAGACCAGUACAACUCUCGCUGGCUCAAUGAUCCAGCAUUUGUACAUGCCCAGCUGAUCCCAGACAGCGCAGAGAAGAACGAUGAUAAACUCUACUUUUUCUUCCGGGAGAAGUCAUCAGAUGCGGGACAAAGCCCCGUGGCGCACUCACGAAUUGGCAGGAUCUGUUUGAAUGAUGAUGGCGGACAUUGCUGUCUAGUGAACAAAUGGAGCUCCUUCCUCAAGGCUAGGCUCAUCUGCUCAGUUUCAGGGCCUGAUGGAAUUGAAACGCACUUCGACGAGCUCCAGGAUGUUUAUAUACAGCAGACACAGGACAUCAAAAACCCUGUCAUCUACGCUGUCUUCUCUGCAUCAGGAUCUGUGUUUAAAGGGUCAGCAGUGUGUGUCUACUCCAUGGCUGACAUCAGAAUGGUGUUCAACGGACCCUUUGCUCAUAAGGAGGGGCCCAACUACCAGUGGGUACCUUACAGCGGCAAGAUUCCCUACCCCCGCCCUGGCACGUGCCCUGGAGGUACCUUCACCCCCAACAUGAAAUCCACCAAGGAUUACCCUGACGAGGUAAUUAACUUCAUGCGGAACCACCCCACCAUGUACAACGCUGUCUACCCAGUGCACAGGCGCCCCCUAGUGGUGCGAACCAAUGUCAACUACGAGUUUACCACUAUAACUGUAGACCAGGUGGAUGCAGCAGAUGGGCGCUAUGAGGUCCUCUUCCUGGGGACAGACAUUGGGACAGUGCAGAAGGUGAUUAUUCUCCCAAAGGAUGACAUGGAAACAGAGGAACUAAUUCUGGAAGAGGUGGAAGUUUUCAAGGAUCCUAUUCCGAUUACAACGAUGAAGCUUUCCUCAAAACGGCAACAGCUGUAUGUGGCCUCAGUAGUGGGAGUCACUCACCUGGCCCUCCAUCGCUGCGAUGUCUACGGGGAGGCCUGUGCUGACUGCUGCUUGGCCAGAGACCCCUACUGUGCCUGGGACGGCAAGUUCUGCUCCCGAUACUCCGCCUCGUCCAAGAGGCGCAGCAGAAGACAAGAUGUGAAACACGGGAAUCCCAUCAGGCAAUGCAGGGGCUACAACUCCAACACCAGUAAGAACACACUGGAGAUGGUGCAGUAUGGAGUAGAGGGCAGCAGUGCCUUCCUCGAGUGCCAGCCCAGGUCUCCACAAGCAUCCAUCAAGUGGCACCUGCAAAAAGAAAACAGCGACAGAAAGAAAGAAAUGCGCUCGGAUGACCGCAUUCAGAAGACGGAGCAGGGGCUGCUGCUGCGCUUUCUGCAGCCCUCAGACUCUGGAAUCUACCUGUGCACUGCCACUGAGAACAACUUCAAACACAUGCUGGUGCGGCUGCAGCUUGUGGUGCUAUCCAGCAGAGCGGUCAAUGCCGUGCUGGCCGAGUCGGGAUCCCUGUCAGCCGCUGUUCUUCAGGCCAGCCCCCGAUCCCCAAGCCCGAACCCCCCCAGCCCCCGAACCCCCAGCCCUGGGCAGUACAAGGACCUGCUGCAGAUCCUGAGCCAGCCAGAGAUGGGGCUCAUCAACCAGUACUGCGAGGACUACUGGCAGCUGGGAGGGGCUGUCCCCAAAGAGCCGCUGAUGGGCGCUCUGAAAGGGAAAGACCUCAAAGAACUCAAAGAGCAGAAGAAACCACGGAACCGGCGAAACCACCAGGGCCAGGACGGGGGACAGCAAACAUGAGCCUACGAAGAGAGAGACUCUGAAACAGAUAAACAAACAAAAAAAAUUAAAAUACAUGGUUCCCUUUAACAAUUUAAGAAAUGCAGUAUUUAUUGUAGGUUGUAUAUAGUAUGAUUCUGUGGAUUUCUUUGUACUUAAUUAGGAGAGGCUCUUUGUGUAUAGGUACCUUCUGGGCAAAUAUUGUUAUUAUUAUUUUAAAUAUUAUUAUGAGAGCGCUGUAUUUUUUGUUUUCACAGCUUAAAGAACUACAGAAAAUCGAUGUUACAUUUAAAGUGUGUAUACUGAAGUAAACCUUGUUGAAAUUAAUCUGAAAGGGUUUUGUUGUAAAUUAGGGGAGGGGGGGUGGGGGUUCUUAAUGUUUUGGAUCGAACUGGAGUCAUUUAGCGAUGAACUCCCACCACGCCGCGAUGGACUUUCUACACUUUUCAUCUUUAUUCCACAGCCACGGAGAUAGCCAGGGUGAGCGACCAAAACACAACCCUUAACUGAGUUUGGUCCAGAUCCUCUUGCUGUCUAGGUUUCUGUUAAAGACAUCUGAGAGAAACUACAUUGAAUUUACAAUAUAGCAAACCACAAUCUGUACCCCUAUUUUUUUAAUUUCUUCCAAUGCUACUCUCUCAAACAUAAUCGAGAAAAAAAAAAAAAAAAAUUAAGCUAGACAUGUUUUAUAUUUCAUGUUUAAAAAAAUAUUAAUGUUGGCCAAGUUUCACAUGCAUGCACAUAACUCGAACCCAAUGACUCUUGGCACAUGGACCAAACUUGUCCCGGCAAUCGAAAAAAAAGGUGUCUUGCUACAGACAGCUGAUAUUUUUGGAGAGUGGUAUCUUUUUGGACAUCGACAGUUUGAAAGCACAGAUGGAGAUAAAAUAACAAGUUAAGUCUUUUUGAUUCCCCCAAGACCCAGUCUCCAACCUCCAUAAACUGAGGAAGAACUGAAGGCAAAUCAGACACAAAAUAUUGGAGACAAAGUAUGCAAAGAAACUCCAUACUACACAUUCACCUUGUUUAGCUGAUAUGAAAUGGACCCUUAAACAGUAGUACGUAAGUAUUGGCUUACAAAAAGGUUUUUGUCUGCUAUUAACAUAGUAUUUAUUGAAAAUAAAUAUGCAUUUAAAAUGAUUGUUACAGCAUUGAUGUUACAAUGCAGACUGUACCAAACUCACAUUUGAGUUUUAAGGAAACCAGACUAAUUAUUUUCAUUACUAAUAAUGUUAUUAAAGCACAAAAUGUACAUAUGAUAAAGAUGACAUAUACAGGAGAAGUAAUGUACAGUUACAUUAACUGUGGUAUAUAUGGUAUACUGCAUACAUUAUAUAAGUACACUGAAUCACUUCAAAUUUGGUACAGUUUGUAUAUUCUUGCAUUCAAUGUAGUUUGUGCAUUUUUUAAAGAACUGCCUCUUACAUUAUGAAACUGUUAAAAAAAAAAGAAAGAUGUCUGUUAGUUCAGUUGGGGCCAUUCAGCAUAUGAUCCUUAUAGACACAUAGCUUGAUAUAUGUAUAUACAACCCAUGCUCCCUUGAGAAAGGUAUGUUACACAUACUGGAAACAGUGGGAAGCUGGCUUUUCAGAGAAUGCAUGACAUUUCUAUGUACUAUGUAUAUAUAUAUAUAUAUAUAUAU